AGAAUCGACAACCCAUUGCUCCGUUUCAGCCCUCAGGAAAUAGAGAAACGGACCAAAGAGUUCGUGCGAACGUACGACCUGCUGAAGCAAGAAGGAGUUUUCAUUCUUCGCGAUCCCGAAGCAUGGGAGUCGGUACCAGAUCUCACCGCCGAGGAAAAAGAUGCCCUUGUCCAUGAGACCCAGCACGGCUUCUGGUCUCAGCCCAAAGAGUUCCGCGUGACGAUCAUAACUCUCUGUGUCGCAGCCGUCGUCCAAGGAUGGAAUCAAACCGCCAGCAACGGCGCGAACUUAUCCUGGCCGGAACAGCUCAAUAUUGGUCCUCUUGACGGCUGCAAUCCGAAGGGUGGUGCGGCGUGGAUCUUUGCCAUCGUCAACGCAGCGCCAUACUUCUCAGCGAGCUUCAUCGGCUGCUGGCUGUCAGACCCGAUCAGCGAGUACUUCUUCGGACGACGUCCGCCAAUUGCAAUAUCCGGCGCACUCAUCUUGGCCUCCAUGAUUGGCGGUGCUUGCGUUCACACAUGGCAGCAGCUGUUGGCGUGCCGGGUCAUCUUAGGGAUUGGGAUGGGAACAAAAGCCAGCAUGGUUCCUGUCUUCGCCGCGGAGAUCUCGCCCGCCCACAUCAGAGGAUCAUUGGUGAUGAAUUGGCAAUUGUUUGACGCACUGGGCAUCUUCCUAGGAUCGACAGCGAAUCUGAGUGUCUCCAGUGUGGGGCGGACGGCAUGGAGAUGGCAGACCGCAUCAUCAGUCUUCCCUACCAUCGUUCUGCUCACUCUCAUCUUUGUCUGCAGCGACUCGCCCAGAUUCCUGAUGAAGAGAGGACCAGCCAAGUACAAGGACGCAUACACGACUCUCCUUGCACUUCGUGGGCACCCGAUCCUAGCAGCCAAAGAGCUGCUAUAUGUUCAUUACCAGAUGGACGUUGAGAAGCGGUUCAUCUCGGGCAAGUUGACAGAUGCCGAGAUGGGCAACAGCUGUCUUUUCACUAACAAGCGAAUCCGACGGGCCAUGGGCGCCGCCGUGGUUUGCAUGAUCAGCCAGCAGCUGUGUGGUGUGAACGUGCUGGCUCUGUACUCAUCCAACGUCUUCUGCAAAUCGGCCAAAGACGACACUUUACAAAGCUCUCUCGAAUCAGAGAACGAUCCGGCCAGCAAUUUUCGCCCUCUCUUCCUCAGCUGGGGCAUUGGUUUGAUGAACGUUCUGUUCGCCUUCCCAGCAUAUUACCUGAUCGACCGGAAGGGUAGACGAUGGCUGCUGUUGACCGCCUUGCCAUUUAUGGCUCUCUGUAUGUUUGGUGCUAGCAUGAGCUACUUCAUCCCAGCAGAGAGCGCCGGACGAAUCCCAGCCGUUGGCGUGUGGACAUAUCUUUUCAUGGCGUUCUACAGCUGGUCGAUGGGUCCGGUUCCCUUCACCAUGUCGGCCGAAGUCUUCCCGCUCGAGAAUCGGGUUGUGGGCAUGUCGUUCGCGGUCUUCACGAACAUGUUCGGCCUCGGUCUUCUCACAUUGUUCGUGCCAGUCAUCACGGACACACUCGGACAUGCUGGAUUGCUUGGGAUCUUUGCCGGGUUGAACGUGGUCGCGUUUGUCCUCAUCUUCUUCUUUGUUCGAGAGACUGCUGGCGCCAUGCUUGGUCACACGCCUGGAAGCAUGACUUUUGUGUCUCUCGAGGAGUUGAACUACCUGUUCGGCGUAUCGACAAGAAAGCAUGCAAUCUAUCAAGUCAGGACAGUCAUUCCGUGGAUCUGGAGCCGUUAUGUCAAGCGG